AUGGACCUCGAUUCUGUCCUUCCGCACAUGAGGAAUACCGUCCCUUAUUUUCAUCUCUUUAGGAUGGCGACCGAGUUCGAGGUAUGUCUGCCCUGGGUAUACAAUGCGCUUGUGAGCAUGCCUGAGGUUUGGCUCCGGAAAGUCCCUCCUGGAGGCCUCCAACAGACAGAGACAAGACCGAGGCGUGCUUACAACCCCCUUCUGCUUUAUUCAGGAAUUAGGAUGUAUGCUAAUAUGUGCGCAAAGAACGGCAAAGGCCCGCGGGAUUUUGAGAGCCGACAGAUGACCGCUGUCGGCGACUUCAACAGAGGCUACUUCGAGAGUUCGGUUCUGAAGGAGUUCUUGAACGAGGCUGCUGAGGACUACGAGAAGGACAAGGCUCUCCAGCGGCGCAAGGCUAUGAUGCAGGUCGUCGAGGCGAAGUGCAAUGAAUGCGACAGGCUCAAGAUUGAUCCUCUACCCCAUGUUCAAGCGAUAGUGCGUAGCUGGGACGAAGCGCACCGAGAAGGACCGUCCCGGACCACCGCCGCUCCCCAAGCACCGGUUACGAUGCAGUUGCCUAUCCGACCAGUCAUCUCUGCAUGUGUCAGAUCGGAUCAUCACAAUGAGCCGCUGUGCCCGUACCACCAUGCGGCCUGGGAGUCCGAGGAACAGGCUCUUGUGCGAGUGCGUGCGCUCCGGGCUCGAGGUUCGCAGGCGGAGGAUAGGGUGGCCUGA